AUGUUCUCUCGCACAGCGGCGACGCGGUUGAUCCACCCCGUCAAUCCGGCGAGGUGUACUGCUUUCCCACUUGGUUUACUAUAUUCAACUACGGUCAAGGGUCCUGCACCUCCUCGUCGUUCAUCGUCCGGCGGACCGAGCAGUUCCAACUCGAACGCACGAACCCAAACCAAUCGAUCUCGACCAUCUCCACAACUCGAGCGUACACCACGCCACAAGUCCCAUUCCAAUUCCAACUCCAACUCGAACCCUGCACUGCGUUCCCAUUUCCGCCAAAACGGUCAGCCCUACGACGAUUCGUAUCUGCUCUGCGACCAAGUUCGUCUGCUCUGCUCGCGGGACCAACUCGAAAGAGCGAUCGACCUCGUUCGACGAACGCCGGCUCGGACGUGUACGGUCGUCGUUUGGAACGUCUUGAUCAACGAGGUGUUGCAACGCUUUGGGGAUACGGGCAAGGCGUACGAGUUGUGGAUGGAGAUGAAGAGGAGGGGGUUCGUGCCGAGUACGAGAUCAUUCGCGACCGCGUUGAGGGGUUUCGCCUCGGUCGCGAACAAGGUGAAAGGCAAGACGGGGACGAUCAAGACCAAGUCUGCGGUCGCUUCGUCGACGACACUGUCGAGAGCGAGGACGAUUCAUUCGCAGUGGGUCACCCAUCUCCACAACGCUUUGGGUUCGGAAAAGAUGACCCUUCAACACGACAGCGACGAGUUGUCCGUCUUGCCGACGAAUCAUUUCCUCACUUUUUUGGGCAACACCGAACAAUGGGACCUCUUGUUGGAGACGUUCAAUUCACUCCCUGCGAAGGGUCCAUUGGCGCCCAACUCGGCGACGUAUUCGCUCGUCCUCGGGUUCCUCAAAGCGCUUCCUCCAUCGGCGGAAAAUUUCCAGCUCGCGAUCGGGAUCUACAACCGCAUGAUCGACACCUUACCCCCUUCUCAACUCGACAACCGUACACUAUCAAUCGUACUCUCGAUCUGUCGAGAUCAAGUACGCCCCGAUGAUCAAGCGCUCGGUAUCUCGAUCGCGACCCAAAUCUUCGGUCUCUUACCUUUGAACGAAACGCAUCGAUUGGACGAUCCGACCACUCCGAAACCUUUACUCAGAAUGGAUUCGACUUCAUUCUCUUCGGUCUUGACCUUGUUACUCAAGAUGCAGAGGUACAACCUCGCUGUCGAAUGGUUCGAUCAAGUACGAGAUCAUGGUCAACGUUUUGGGACCGACGUGAUUGGGAGACAACAGUGCGAAUUGGUUUUACAAGCUUGGGUCGCGAAGCGAGGUGAUGCAGGAGCUGAAGGUGAAUUGAUGACCGAAAAAAAAAAACGAACUCUUUUUUUUUUUUCCUUAUCGAGAACGCAUCUCUCGACGGAACUGACUCGCUCUGUGGUGUGCAUCACACAGCUUUGUUGGAAUGGAUGCACGCGCAAGGGAUCGAACCGAGUAUGCAGUGUUAUGCUCUAGCUAUCAAGGCGUGUUGGAAGAACGUGAACCUCUCUAGAGCCUAUCACAUUCUCUCGAGGAUGACGGGUCAAAAUUUACCCACACCACCAUCCAAACCGAUUUCAACCCCAUCAAAAAAUUCGAGUUCGACCACUCUCGAUACAACCCGUGUCGUCGUCCCCUUCAGCACGAAACGACUUGGUCCGUCAUCACAAGCUCUAACGUACUUCCUACAUACCGCAUUGAGUACACGAGAUCGAGCCCAACUUUCAGAAGCUUUAUCGACCUUCUUGAGCUCUCGAAAAGAGGGUGGUUUGGAGGGGAAGAAAUACCUCUUCGAUGCCGAUACCGAUGUCGAUGUCGAAAUGGGAUCGAGGUCCAUGAAGAAGGCGAUCUCAACGACGUCGACGUUGGAAGAAAGAUAUUUUCGUUUCACUUUGCAUCGAGUUUUGGAAAGAUGUUUGAACAAGAUCUUGGACGUACCUGAGCAGGUUGUGGGGAGGUAUUUGGGAGCUACGAAGGUGGUUGAAUGGGAGGGGGUUUGGGAACGCGUUAAGGAAUGGGUGGGGAGGAAUCGACAUGCUGAUCGUGGGGAGGAGGAAGGGGUAGAGAGGGAGGAGAGUAUGGAGAGGAGGUACGAGCUUUUGAAGAAGCGCGGUGGUGGUGGUGGUAGGAGAGAGGGGAAACAACCUUGGGAGGGGAGGGGGAAACAGACGAUUAGGAAGGACGAGGGUAGGGCAAGAGGGCAGGCCAAGCAUCGGAUCGGGUUUGAAAAGUUUUGA